AUGGCCUCCGACACAAUCUCUCUGCGUGCUCGCAGAGCAACCGAAGCAGGCUCGAAAAACCUCAUGUGGGAUGUCCAGAAUAACCUCUGGGAUGCAGAAACUAACCCAACUGGCUACGUCAACGUGGGUAUGGCCGAGAACAGCCUCAUGCAUGAUGUUCUGCUCGAGUACAUCAAUACCAAAAUCGAACUACCCGCCAAAUACCUCACCUACAAUGACGGCGGGCACGGUUCGUCCAGGUUGAAAACGGCCAUGUCCAAGUUUCUCUCGAGACAUCUCCAUCCUGCUGUUCCGAUUGAGUCGAGACAUCUUACCAUUACCAAUGGUGUGUCGGCUGCUAUUGAGCAUCUUUCUUGGGCGUUGGCGGAUCCGGGGGAGGGUAUUCUCCUCGGGAAACCGUUUUAUGGCACGUUUAUUCCGGAUCUUUCGUUGCGGCUUGGGGCGGAGGUCGUCCAGGUUGAUUUUGAUGAUUGUGAUCCGUUUUGCUCUGGGGCUGUGCGCAAGUAUGAAGAUGCUCUUCUAGGGUUUGAACGACGGACUGGCAAAAAGGUCCGGGCGUUGAUGCUUUGCCAUCCUCAUAACCCCCUUGGAAGAUGCUAUCCCAGGGAAACUAUUAUCGAGUUGAUGGCAUUCUGUCAGAAGUACCAAAUUCGUCUCAUCAGUGAUGAGAUUUAUGCGCUUUCUGUCUGGGAAAACACCAUCGAUACCAGCCCGGCUCCAGUCGAGUUCACCUCUGCGCUAUCCAUCGACACCACGGGUACCAUAGACCCCCAACUGCUUCAUGUGUUAUGGGGUAUGAGUAAAGAUUUUGGCGCCAAUGGCAUCCGAGUCGGAGUGAUCAUCUCCCAGGCCAACCCAGACCUCCAUGCAUCAUUGGUCGGCGUCUCACUCUACUCCUUUAUCUCUGGCCUUUCAGAUCAUGUGGCAGCCAACAUCCUCGAAGACGAGCAAUUCACCAAUCGAUAUAUCGAGCUCAAUCGCAGGAAACUGUCCGACUCCUAUCGAUUUGUCGCACAGUAUGUCCAGCAUCAUCACAUCGAAUAUGCACCUGGAUGCAAUGCAGCGUUUUUCCUCUGGGUGAAUCUGGGAAAAAGGUAUCUAGAGCUCCAUCCAGAACGUAGCUCUGGCGAUGUUAGUGAGGAGGUCAUGCAGCGUCUUUUGCAAAAGAGGGUGUUUCUGGCCAGUGGUGUUCUCUUUGGGUCUGAGAAGCCUGGAUGGUUCAGGAUUGUUUUUUCUCAGCCUCGAGAGUAUCUGCAGGAGGCUUUGAGUAGAGUUAUUUCAGCGCUCAGUGAGCCGUAG